UUUGGAAUUACUUGCUCAAGAGGAUAUUACAACACGUUAUCAGCACGAGUCUCUAGCCAAUUGAGUGAACACGGAGAUAGACCAUAAGAAAAAAUCGUAUUUUUCUUGCAAGUUUGAAUAUGUCUGAUAUCAACAAAAGAGAAUUCACCGAGCUUGCUCUUGAUGGUGGUAACUAUUUGACUUGGGCUUUGGAUGUUGAAAUAUACCUCGCCUCAUGUGAUCUGAGCGACGCUAUAGUUCCAGAUUCUUCAUGUAGCUCCGCCCAGAAGGCGAAAGCUUUGAUUUUCUUGCGUCAUCAUCUGAAUAAGGACUUAAAAAAUGAGUACCUUACUGAAAAGGACCCUGUUGUCCUAUGGCAAUCCCUGAAGGAUCGCUUUGAUCAACAAAAGGCUAUUAUUCUCCCUCAGGCACAAUAUGAUUGGCUGAAUUUAUGCUUUCAGGAUUUCAAGUCCGUGAUUGAGUACAAUUCUACCUUACACCGUAUUGUGUCACAGCUGAAACUCUGUAAACAAGAAGUUACAGAGAUUGAUUUGAUAGAGAAGACUCUAUCUACUUUUCAUGCCAGUAACCUUGUACUCCAGCAGCAGUACAGAGCCAAGAAUUAUACUAGGCAUUCUGAACUGUAG